CCAAUGGGGUCUGUUGUCUAACAUGGCUGCCCGGCACGGGGAGCCGUGCUCAGGCAGCCGGGGAAAGAAAGGGACGGCGGCCGUUCUCUGGUCCCUGGGCGCCGUCUGGGUGGCGGCUCUCACGGCACGGAGCGUGGAGGGAGGCGACCCGCCGUUGCUGAAGUGUGAGGAUCUUCGAGUCGGCCAAUAUCUUUGUGAUGAUCCUAAAAUAGACAAUGACACUCAGGAAGCCGAGAACUGUAGAAAUCAUACUGCAUACGUUGCCUGUCAUCCAGCACCAAAUAUUACAUGCAAGGAUUUCAGUGGAAAUGAAACUCAGUUUACUGGGAAAGGAAUUGGAUUCUACAGACCCAUCGAAUGCAGGAAUGUAAAUGGUUAUUCCUACAAAGUAGCAGUAACUCUGUCUUUAUUUCUUGGUUGGUUGGGAGCAGAUCGGUUUUAUCUAGGAUAUCCUGCUUUAGGUUUGUUGAAGUUCUGCACAGUGGGGUUUUGUGGAAUUGGUAGCUUGAUUGAUUUCAUUCUGAUUUCAAUGCAGAUCGUGGGACCCUCCGAUGGAUCUAGUUACAUUAUAGAUUAUUACGGGGCAAGGCUAACCAGACUGAGUAUUACGAAUGAGACGUUCAGGAAACCACAGAUAUAUCCAUAAACUUGCCAGGAAGAAGCGCCUUGAAUUUGGAAUACGGUGAUUUCAAGAGUUGAUCAGUAACCAAGUAUGGAAGGAUGUGUUGGACAGAAGGAUGAAGUCCACCCAGCAAUGCUUUCAUCUCUUCGUGCAGUCAGUGAACAAACACAUUCAAGAAAAAGAGAGAGAGAAAGAGAGAAAGAAAGAAGUUCCUCAAGGAAUCUGAAAGAGUCUUAGUUGAAAAAAUGGACUGUGAACUGUUAAUUCUUUAUAUAGGACUGCUUGCAUGUGGUGAAGCUUGGGAGUUUUUUGUUAGAGCAGGGAAGCCUGCUCCCCUCCCAGUUUGUGAAAGGUGUACAUACGGUUCUUUAAUAAAGUAUUGAGAAAAGCCCUUUUGCAUGCAUGCAGACAUGUGCUUCCUCGCAGAAUCACAUUUUCAGUAAUUAAACUGAAGAUUCUUUGGAGGAUGCUGGUGCUUUUAUUAUUAUUAUUAUUAUUAUUUUUUACCGUGGCUCUUUUUAAUGGUUCCAGAGUUUUUAAAUUAAUCUGGAUGGGCUAGGGAAGGAAUGUUAUU